CACUUGGAUAUUUUCCAAUCCCUUUUGAAUACCCUUCUUCUUUUUCUCUCCGUAGGGUUUUCCCCAAACUCUCACUCCCCCUCUCUCUCUCUCCAAACAUCACCGCCGCUGUUUCCCCGCCGAUUAAUUUUCCGGCACGUAUCGCCGCCGAAAUUCAGAGGUGAGAGAAAUAACAGAGAGGGCAACUAUGGGAGUAGAGCCAGCGAAUUACACGAAGGAAGAGCAGUAUCAGCAAAUGGAGGCUGACGAUAUUGAUCGUACCGACUCUGAAGUUGUUUUUCAUAUUCGUAAAGCUCUUAAGUCUGCUUCCACGGACGAGAGUGAUGAUUACAAUGAACUCAUUGGGUUGUUACAUUACAAUGAUCAUCUUGCGUAUGAGGAUAUAGCUAUGCUUGUGACAAGCUUGAAGGCCUUAGCUGGAGCAGUUUCAUGCAUAGAUAGCGUGCACCAUGGGAGUCUUCUUGAUACUAUUUUUAAUAUGAGCAUGUGGAGCUAUAGCCCUGAUGUCAUGGAUGCUUUGAUUGAGUUGAUUGUAUCCCUGGCUUCCUCGAGUGGUAAAUAUGUUGAUUCCUGCUUGGAUAUGCUCGUAUGCAACUUCACUCCUCCUAAGAGAUUUGUAGAAGCACUUAAGUGGCCACACGGAGUUGCAAAGAAGGACCACGUUCUGAGCAGGGUGCAUUCUGCUCUGGAAUUUAUUGCAGGCCUGGUUCCACUUGCUCCAUCAAGAUUAUUGCCUAUUGUUUUACAGAGGAUGCCAAAAGUUUUUAAUAAUGUGCAAGAACCUGUUGUGGUGAUGUUUGUAGAAAACAUGCUCAAGCUGGAGGGCAGUGCAAUUGGGGAGCUUGUUGGCAAUAGAUUUCUAAUCAUGGCUGUGGUAGACUUGCUGAUAGAUUUUGACGUGGAGGUUGGAUGGGAUGAUAUUCUAGAGGAGAACCCCCAGAAAGGUAUAUUUGAGAUGGAGUUGGAAGACGAGCAAAUACUAGAUGAGGAUGAUGAUGAUGAUGGAGGUGAGUUUCUGAGAGAAACUUCGGGCCAGAAACGUCUCUGGAAAAAUCGAGUGUCUGACAAGUUAGAGAAAUUGGAUAGCCUUAUGGUUGUUACUUUUGAGUAUUUAAAAUCUUGCAAAGAGAAUGGUCGUUUGGUUGAGGUGUUUGAAUCUCUCCUCCAGUCAUUUCAGAUAACAGUUCUGAAUGCUUACAAGUCAAAGUUUGCACAGUUUGUGAUUUUCUAUGCGUGUUCUCUGGAUCCUGAAAAUUGCGGCAUUAGAUUUGCUGAAUUUCUUGCUGAUAUUUUUAUAUGUAGCAGUUUUCCUCCACUUACCAGGAUGAGUGCUGUUGCUUAUCUAGCUAGUUUCUUGUCUCGUGGGAGAUUUCUGACGACGACCCUCGUUGUGAACAUUUUGGGAAGACUUGCCAAGUGGUGCUCAGAUUAUUGCAGACUCCAAAGUAGCAAUUUCGAUCCAAAAGCUCAUAGAGUGUUUUAUGCUGGAUGUCAGGCCGUCAUGUAUGUCCUUUGUUUCCGUUUGAGAUCUAUCAUUGAUAUUUCAAAUUUGAAAUCACAAAUCGUUGGUUUUCCCUUGAGGGAAAUACUGAUAAAUCAUCUGGAGCCAUUGAAGGUCUGCUUGCCAUCUAUUGUAGAAGAAUUUGUACAGCAAGCAAAGUCAGCUAAUUUACUUCAUCAAAGUGGAACUCCCGUCUUCCAUGAUAUGCUGGAGUCAGAACAUUCCAAAGCUUUUGGGGGAAUUGAAAGGCUUGACAUGUUCUUCCCAUUUGACCCUUGUCUGUUGAGGAAAAGUGACAGUUCCAUUCGACCGAAUUUUGUUUACUGGUCCAUGGUUCGAAAAACAUAUGAAGAUGAAGAAGGCAGCAGCGACGAGGAUGUUGAUGUUUUUUACCCAAAUAUGAACAGAGCAGCAUCCCGAGAUGAAGGGGUAGAAGAAGGUUUUGAAGAUGAUUAUCUCGACGAGUUUAAUGAUUCAUUGAACAGGAUGUCCAUCACACCUAAAGAUUCUGUGCUUAAAAAUAAGUUUGGUCGUAAUUCACGCACCCCUAUGCAAAUGCCAUCUAAACUCAAACCGUCAAUGAGCCCGGAAUCUUUGUGAUGCACUUCUUUUGCUUGUUUGGUUAAAUGAGGAACCCAAGAACUAGCAGCUGAAGUGAGACGCGCACUCGCCAAGGGCUCUUCUCAAAGUUCCACUUGUUGGCUGCUUUCUCCAAAGAUGAGAUUCACGGCUAGAAAUCUGGGGUUGUCAUCAGAUUGUGUUGUAUUUCUCUACAAAUUUUGUUUUGCUUUUAUGUAAUCUCUCAAAGUCUAAUUCAUAAUUUGAUGAUUAGUUUAGCAUAAUAUAUGUAACAUCUCAAAUCCUAGUGCCAAAAGUCGAAAAUUAGUUUGUUCUUUUCUGGUGGUUCGAAAAAAUUGUAAUUUAUAUGAUGACGAUACAUCGAAGUUAAAACUAUUUCUUGCUAGUGUAAUAUGAAAGUACAGUUAUUGUUAUUUUGAUGGAA